AUGUUGCGAACCGGAGUAUCGGCCGCUCUUACAGCGACUACACUAUCGAUUCCCCACACGGGACGAACAUGCUUGCAUGUCACACGAGCCAGCCGGCUGCCUUGGGGCGCCGCGCUCUCGCAUCCUCGCAUGUCCUGCCAAUCAAGGUCCUUCGGCAUUACUACACGCCUCUAUGCAUCCCCUCAAGACCCUCGUUCAUCGACAUCACAGGAUGCGGCAUCAUCUUCCCAAAAGAAGACCAAGCAUUACGACUCCAGGCCUUUCAAGAAACAGUAUCCGCCUGUGCGUCCACAGCCCAAGCCCAUCAACUUUGAUCAACCUGCGAUUCCCAACCCACACGAGACUGCGGCAGCCCACGCCGCCUUUCGUCGCAAUAGCCGCCGAUUCGGAGCCGCAGCGCUGAUAGCCGUCAUCAUCGGUCUUGCUGCGUACAAAUUCCGGGAUGUCGUUCAUCUUGAUGGGCCUCAAGCUCAUAUCAAGGGGCUGCAGCUCCCACACGACGAAAUGGAACGACAAGUCCGCGAAGCUCAAAAGUCGCAGGCCAAUGGCGCCAACUUCGCUUUGCUCGCUCUCACCCGCUCUACCACUAUCGCCAAAGCCGUUGCACUUUGCGUUUGGGACUACCGUUCAACGCUGAGCAAAACGCAUGCGUCUACCGCCGAUGAGGCUGAGGAACUUCGACAGUGCCACCUGCGCUCUGCUCACCGCAUCUUGGCAGCCUUACAAGCCAAUGGUGGUCUCUACGUCAAGCUUGGCCAGCAUCUUUCCGCUGUCAUUCUGCUGCCCGUAGAAUGGACUUCUACGCUUCGCCCUCUGCAAGACCAGAAUACGCCAACUCCACUUCCCGAGCUCGAGGCCAUGUUCAGAACCGAGACAGGUAUGAGCUUCGACGAAGCCUUCAGCGAGAUCGACCCAAAGCCCAUUGGUGUUGCCUCUCUUGCUCAAGUGCACCGCGCCGUCGAUCGCAAGACCGGUCAAAUGCUCGCCAUCAAGAUGAUGCAUCCCGACGUCGAGCGCUUCUCCGAUGUCGACAUGAAGACCGUAACUGUGCUCGUCAAGUGGGUAAAGCGUCUCUUGCCCGAGUUCAGCUUCGAAUGGCUUGCCGACGAAAUGAACGAAAACAUGCCUCUCGAGAUGGACUUCCGCCACGAAGCACAGAACGCAAAGAGAGCCGACGAUGACUUUGCCGAGUACCGCACCACAUCCGUCUACAUUCCCAAGGUCAAAUACGUCUUCAAGCGCGUCAUGGCCAUGGAGUUCAUCGACGGCCGUCGACCUGAUGAUUUGCGCUACCUCGCUGAGCACAACAUCGACCGCAAUCGCGUCAGCCAAGAGCUCUCGCGCGUCUUCUCCCAGAUGCUCUAUCUACAUGGCUUCUUCCAUGCCGAUCCACACGGCGGCAAUGUCUUGAUCCGACCGGCUCAACCCGGCAGUCGAUCAAGAUACAAUUUUGAGGUUGUUCUCCUCGACCACGGUCUCUACUUUGACAUCGAUCCAGAGUUGCGCGCCAACUAUGCCAGAUUCUGGCUAUCACUUCUCAGACGUGCCAGCCCAGAAGUCACGGCCGAGCGACGCAGAUACGCCAAGCUUAUCGCCAACAUCGACGAUGACCUCUAUCCGAUCUUGGAGAGUGCCAUCACCGGUCGAGCAGGCUUGGAAGGCAGUGAUCCCAACAACCCACGCGGAGUGAAAAAUCGUCAUCGAGCUGGCAGCCUAUUAGAGAUGGACGGCGGAAGUAACUUAACCGAUGACGAGCAAGAACACAUACGCAAAACGGUCAUGGAGAAGGAGGGACUCUUCGUCUCGAUUCUUGAGCUCCUCCGCCGUCUGCCGAGAAGAAUGCUCAUGGUCUUGAAAUUGAAUGACCUCACGCGCUCGCUCGAUGCCAGCUUGCACACCACUCACGGCCCUACGCGUCCCUUCCUCAUCGCCGCCCGCCUCUGUGCACUCGCUGUAUAUCGCGACGACCUCAAGCAGCUUAAGGAAAGACGCGAUAGCGGCCGCGCCAGUCUGCUCACUUCACUCUCGCUGUGGAAGGACUAUGUGCGCGCAUGGUGGUCAUAUGUUUACUUCUAUCGUGGACUCGCGAUGAUCGAGAUCGCCUCCGACAUCCGUGCUAGGUGGAAAAAGAUAGUUCAAUUCGGUUCCAACAGGGUAGGAAGAGGGGGAAGCGCAGAGAAGGCUAAAAGCGCUGCGGCUGGAUUGCACGAUCAGGCGGAAAGAGAUCUCAAGGAGGACGAAGAUCGCAAGCGUGCUCAGCUUGCUUUGGAGAAAGAGCCGAGGCUCUGA